AUGUUGUGCUGCAACUGUGGGAAGCAAGUUACCGAUGGCAUGAACUACUGUUCAAACUGUGGAAAAGAACUUUCUUCAACUGGAAAUGCUGGUCAAAGUCCACCUUCUUGCACAGUGCCAUCGUCAAGUGCUGCAAGUUCAUUUUCAAGUGCUGCAGUCCACUUUUCAAAUGCAAUUGCCCUCUCUUCAAGUGCAUGUGUCAGUGGUAAGGCCAUCAAGUCAUUCUCUGCUUAUCGUGAAUGGAAAGGACAUCAGUGGAAAGAGCAUGUAUCUAGGACAACAGCGAAAGACAAAGAAAAAGAAGUGGCAGUAGCAAUUGGCCUAAUGGAAUUUACUGAAAAAGAGUCAAAGCUAAAGCCAGUUAGAGAGAAAAGAGUUAUGCUUCAAACAUCUAAUAGAGCACCUAUACUGAUAUCUGUAUCCAGCCAGGGGCAAAGUUUAAAGCCUAUCAUAGAAACUGUUACAAAGAGGGAGAAGAAUACCGAUUAUUGUAUGAGAAUGGCAAGGAUGCCCAGUUUCUACCUGGAACAACAGAGUUCUUCAGCCUGAAAAGAUACAAAGAAGAGAUUGGAAAUGAUUAUAAGAGCAUUGUGCUGUACCUAUGUACAAACGAAGAUGUGAAUGCAAGUGAAAAUCCUGAUACUGAUUGCGGAAGAAAGCCUGCAUUCAGAGGAUGAACAUAGUCCAUCGGAGAAGAAAUUGAGAUUCACCCAAGUUGAGAGUGAUGAAAAUGCUUGCCAGGCAGCUCCAGUCUGAACUAGACAACAGCAAAGAUCCUGCCCCUUAUGACCAGUCCUCUUCUGGAGUAAACAAUAAGUAGGACUCCAUUAUUCGCAAGUUGGCAAGCCAGGAAAUAGUGGAGAAAUUUGACAGCUGCUCGGGUCUCAUAUCUUGCUUGAAAGAAAGAGUCAAUAGCAAUGUUCAGUUCUUCAUUGUUGUGAGAAGGAGAUCCAGUCUACAAUGGUGCCUGGCAAUUUGGCAAAGAGAGGCAAAUAUAAAUGCCCCAGAAAAUCUAUUACCAGUGCAUUUUGCAGGUGAGGACGGUAUAGACACCGGUGCCAUGUCAAAGGAAUUUCUAGCACAGUCAAUGU